CUGAACACAUCUGGUCGUUUGAGUGUCACUCUGUCACUUGUCUUUAGUAAACUUGGUCUUUAACUUUGUCACUGAUGUGUCUUCUGUGACCUGUUAUUUAGCUACUGAACAUCUGAUUAUCCGACAGAAACUCAAAAUACAGUGUCUGCCUGAAGAUCGCCAUUGAAUCCUUCCAUAAGGCUCCGGAUCAGCGGAGAUAUGAUGGAGACGCCGGGGAGGAUAGCGGCGACACCAGACGACACGGCUGACUUCACGGUGGAAAACGUAGAAAAGGCUCUCCACCAGCUGUACUAUGAUCCCAAUAUUGAAAACAAGAAUCUGGCCCAGAAGUGGCUCAUGCAGGCUCAGGUCUCGCCUCAGGCCUGGCAGUUCUGCUGGAACCUCCUGAGCCCAGAUAAGGUGCCAGAGAUCCAGUACUUUGGCGCUAGCGCGCUUCACACCAAGAUCUCUCGCUACUGGUCCGACAUCCCCACAGACCAGUACGAGUCUCUGAAGACCCAGCUGUUCUCCCAGAUUGCCUGCUUCUCCGCCGGCUCCAAGAUGGUGCUCACCCGGCUCUGCGUGGCCCUGGCCUCCCUGGCACUCAACACCAUGCCCGAGGCCUGGCCCGGCGCCGUGGCCGAGAUGGUGCGGGUGUUCCAGGAGGAGGGGGGAGGGGUGGACGGGCGGGCGCGCUGCCUGGCGUUGCUGGAGCUGCUCACCGUCCUGCCCGAGGAGUUCCAGACCAGCCGCCUGCCGCAGUACAGAAAAGGACAGGUUCGGGGCGCCCUGGGCCGGGAGUGGGGGUCGGUGGGUCCGUUACUGCAGCAACUGCUGCGGACGGACAGCCCCGGGGCGGUGAAAGCUCGCGUGCUGCGCUGCCUGUCGUCCUGGGUGCUGUUGGACGUUCCCCUCAACGAGAGCGAGGACCUGGUGCACGACUGCUUCAGCGCCCUGCCCGACCCGGAGCUCUUCGACACGGCGGUGGAGGCGAUAGUCAACGCCAUCUCGCAGCCCGACUCCCAAAGAUAUGUGAACACUUUGCUGAAGCUGGUUCCUCAAGUGCUGGCCCUCCAGGAGCAGCUCAGAGAGGCUGUUCAGAAUGGAGACAUGGAGACCUGCCACGGCAUCUGCCGUAUCGCCGUUACACUGGGAGAAAACCACUCCAGGACUCUGUUGGAGCAGGUGGAUCACUGGCAGAGCUUCCUGGCUUUAGUCAACAUGAUCAUGUUUUGUACAGGCAUCCCCGGCCACUACCCGGUCAAUGAGACCACCAGCUCGCUCACACUCACCUUCUGGUAUACGCUACAAGAUGAGAUAAUGUCAUUUGAGUCGGAUAAGCAGGCCGUGUACCUGCAGGUCUACAGGCCGGUAUAUUUCCAGCUAGUGGAUGUUCUGCUCCACAAAGCCCAGUUCCCCACUGACCAGGAGUACGCAUCCUGGUCCUCCGACGAGAAAGAGCAAUUCAGGAUCUACAGGGUGGAUAUCUCCGACACACUCAUGUACGUGUACGAGAUGCUGGGAGCAGAGCUGCUGAGUAACCUGUAUGAUAAACUCGGGAGACUGUUGACUAAUGCGGAGCCGCCCACAUCAUGGCAGCACACAGAAGCCUUACUGUACGGCUUCCAGUCCAUAGCAGAGACGAUAGAUGUGAAUUACUCCGACGUCAUCCCGGGCCUGAUAGGCCUCAUCCCCAGAAUCAACAUCAACAACGUCCAACUAGCAGACACGGUGAUGUUCACUAUAGGUGCUUUGGCUGAAUGGUUGGCAGACCACCCAGUGAUGCUCAGCAGUGUCCUGCCGUUGGUGCUGCAGGCUUUGGGGAACCCAGACCUCUCUGUUUCUUCUGUCUCUACGCUCAAGAAAAUUUGUAGGGAAUGCAAAUAUGACCUGCCGCCCUACGCAACCAACAUAGUAGCUGUCUCUCAGGAGGUGCUUAUAAAGCAGAUCCACAAGACGAGUCAGUGCAUGUGGCUGAUGCAGGCGCUCGGCUUCCUGCUCUCUGCUCUCCCCGUGGAAGAAAUCCUAAGAAACCUUCACUCUCUCAUCACCCCUUACAUUCAGCAACUGGAGAAGCUAGCAGAUGAGACGCCUAAUCCCUCCAAUAAGUUAGCAAUCAUCCACAUCUUGGGGCUGCUGUCCAACCUCUUCACGACGCUCGACAUCAGCAAGCAGGACGACGAGUCAGCAGACGGCUCAGCGCCACCUGUCAAAACAGCACCGCCUCCGCCUGGACCAAACCCAGUGGUGGUGGUUUUGCAACAAGUGUUUGCGCUCAUUCAGACUGUGCUCAGCAAGUGGCUCAAUGACUCGCAGGUUGUAGAGGCGGUGUGCGCCAUCUUCGAGAAGUCGGUGAAGACUCUGCUCCACGACUUCGCUCCCAUGGUGUCUCAGCUCAGCGAGAUGCUCGGACAGAUGUACAGUACGAUCCCCCAGGCCCCAGCCCUGGACCUCACGCGACAGAUGGUGCACAUCUUUGCCAGUGAGACGGACCACUUCCCACCCAUCAAGGCUCUGUUUGAGCUGGUGACGUCGGUAACGCUGUCCAUCUUCCAGCAAGGUAGGGGGUCCAGCAGGGGGCGGGACUUGUGAACGCUGUCAAAUGUGUCAUGUUCAAGUCAGUGAUAUAGACCUUCUGAAUGUUUCUGAUCAUAUCUGAUUUCACAGGAUCCAAAAUCAAGAGUUUUAAGAGCAGAGAGGUCGAAAAAAAAAAAGUUCACAAAUGUAUUCUAGAGCUGUACCGAAUGUCUGUUUAAUUUUAUUACAUUGGAAGUGUUAAUUGAAUUUUUGAAGCAAUUUGAAUCUUGAUUUAGAAUUCAGAUGUCAACGCUACGAAGGAAGCUUCGAACUGUUCGGUGCAGCUCUAGCACAUUAUGGUGAUACACUCGCUUUUAUCUUGCUGUUGCAUUUCUAGAUAAUAAACAAUAGAUAAAAGGUCUGAGGGCCACACAUCAA